UGACGGUGGGAACCCUUGUGACGUGUCCGUGUGACGCAGCACGUAUCCAACGGUCCAAACGGGGCGGGGCUCGUAAACAGAGAAAUCGAAAUAAAGGAUCGUGCAGAAAUUUUCCCCAAAAAUAUUUGACUGUUUCCCGUCAACUCAGAGGUAAAAAUCCCCGUGUGAUGCCGAUUCGCCGAGCAGCAGCGACUCCGACCCAGGAGAAGGCCCCCUCCGCUGCAGCAGAGAAAGAGCCUGAAGCGUCCUCAGAGGAGUCGCCCUCCGCCGACGAAGAGCCGGCCGCCUCCUCAGCCGCCCCGGCCGGGGACGAGACGACCGGCGAGACGGCGGAGCCCACGGAGAACGGGGAGAAGGCCGACGAAGUCUCGGCGGCGGAGAAGGAGGGAGAAGCAGCCGAGAAGAAAGAUGACAAAUGCAAGGACUGCGCGGCUGGACAGUGCGCAACACACUGCUAUGUUCUCCUGCUAAGGUUGAAGGAUGGCUACAAGUAUGAGAAGUCUAAAGCCAAGAAGGUGAAGCGGACGAUCCCCGCGUGGGCGAGCAUCACAGGGAGCAAAAAGGUUCCCGUCACAAACUUUGCGGGCACUCUGAACAAAGUGGACCACAUCCUCAUCGAAGCGUUCACGUCGUGUAAUGACAGGUCUGGGGUCUCGUACAAGUCUGUCCUAAAAUAUAUAGUGCAAAAAUACCCGGGGAUGGACCUCGACAGGAAGAAGUUUCUCAUCAAGAAAGCGAUGAAGAAACAUCUGGAGAAGGGCACCAUCAAACAGCUGAAGGGUAAAGGCCUCACGGGGACCUUCAGCAUUGGCAAGCAGACUCCCCUCACUAAGAAAGCUGCUCAGAAGCAGGAGUCUCUGGGAGAUGCUCUUCCUCUCAUCAUCACUCGGCUCUGUGAGCCCAAAGAGGCCUCGUACAACCUGAUCAAGAAAUAUCUGGAGCAGCACUUCCCCAGCCUCGACAUCGAAAACAGGCCAGAUGUCCUGAAGACAGCCCUGCUGAAGGCAGUGGAGAAAGGACAGCUGGAACAAAUCACUGGGAAAGGAGCCAGAGGGACUUUCCAGCUGAAGCGAACCGGCAACAAGGUCCUGCUGAAGGGCGGCCCCUUGGAGGACGCCAUCGCAGCCGCCAUCACAGCCAUGAACGAACCCAAAACCUGCAGCACCACCAUCCUGCGCAAAUACCUACUAGACGCUAACCAAGACAGAAAGAAGUACCAUUUAGUAGCUAACCUGAGGAGGACCCUGACCAAAUGUAAAGUACUCGGUUGGAUGGAGCAGAUCACUGGUCACGGCUUCACAGGCACCUACCAGCUCUCGUUCCCCUUCUACCCAAGUCCAACUGUUUUGUACCCAGACAAAUUUAAAGAGCUAGCGAAGGUAAAAGCUGCACCUGCAACCAAGCGCAGGAAGGCGUCUGACUCUAUGGACGAGGAAGACGAAGACGAGUCUGAAGAAGAGGAAGAGUCCGAGUCUGAGGAUGAAGCUCCCUCCCGUAACAGGAAAUUAAAGAGGCCACCACCCAAGGUUCGUCGUCCUCCUCCAUCCAAGAAGUCGCGGAGUGCAAGUCAGUCAAAAGCUAAAGGCAGAGGACGUGCACUCCCAAAGAAGUCUCCAGUCAAGAAAGCAGCGUCGUCUCCAGCCAAGAGAGCGGGAAGGAAAACGCCAGUCUCCAAGAAGGAGUCCACGUCACCAACUAAAGCCUCGCCCGUCAAGAGAGGCGCUCCUGCAAAAAAGCCCAAAACACCAGCUGUUAAAAAGCUAAACAAACGGGGGUCCAGGCGACCUCUGUCCACAGAUUCGUCACCCGAGGAGGCCGAAGUGACCAAGGAGACGACGCGGGGCGGGUCCAAGCGAUCCAAGUCUGAAGAGUCGUCCCCCGAGGGACCUGCGGUUAAAAGGCAGGCGACCAAAGGUGGGUCCAGACAGCCCGAGUCGGAGGAGUCCUCCGCCGAAGUCAAAAAAGGGGCGAAGAGCAGGAACCCAGUCGGCCGAAAGUCCAAGAGAGGGAGACGCUGAACACAGGAGCACCUUCCACAAACUGGUCUGCUGUGAACAAGCAGCAGUCUGCCACUUUGUUCUAGAGCUCUCUCUCUUUUUAUCAUUGUUUUCUCCCUUUUUGACGGGGCGAUAGGUUUUUUUUUUUGUUUUUUUUUUUCCGUUUCUCUUGUAGAAUAAGUACGUUAUCCAACCGUUAAGUUAACUGUACUUUGAGAGUUUCUCUGUUUUUUUUUUUGUUUUUUUUUAAUCACCAUGCAUAGAGAAGCUCGGUUAGUGUUGCUGUUAAAAGCUGCCAGCAGCUCUGGAAAUCAUAGCCAGAUCAAACAUACUGUAACUAGAGCCAUGUAGUGACUUCUGUUUUUAAUGGUUCCUCAUCCCCUCUGUAGGUGCUGGCAGCACACAUUCCUAAUCUCAAGUGAAGUGAGAUAUUGGUGUUCGAGAGGAGUGAAGUGAAUGUCCGUUUGUAGCUUAAAAUGUGAGUUGAAAACAUUAGUUACUAAAACACAGGCUUAAAGACUGUUGUCCCAUAUCCCAGGAUAAAACUACAGCAUUUUGGCAAUGCAACACUGCACCCGAAUUCAAAGUCAUAUUUAUCCUUUAUACUUUAUUAGUGAUUAUUGAAACUAAUUUAAAUUUAUUUAUAAUAAUAAUAACAAUAAUAAUAAAUAACUACCCUUGGUAGUGAUUAGCCCUGCAGGUGUCAAGAUGAGGACUUAACAGAGGACGAGUCACUAUGUUAGUAUUAAAGUCACAGUCAGAAAAGCUGUCUUUUCAUAAGUGUGUGUAUACACAGAUUGAUUUAACCGCUCCACAGCUGUAAUCCAGUACCAAACUGUAAGAAGUACGUGUUGUGAAUAAGAAAAAGGAGGAUAAUAGCUCAUACAUACCCUGCAUGCAUGUAUACCUUGUGUUGUUAAGCUUUUUUUCCAAGUCAUUAAUAAAAUGGCUAUAUUUGUAAA